AUGGAGCAGCUCAAGUUUGAGAGGAAACCCAUCCGGUCGUCGGUGACUCGAACCAUCAACCUGAUAGAGUCAGAGCUGACGAAAGAAACUCCGGAUCGUCACACCCUUCGAUGUCAAUUAGAGAAGUUGGAGGUGUUGCUGACAAGGAUCAACGAAGUAGAUAUCAAGAUUUUGAGUUCAAUGCGAGCCGACGGUUGUUCCGAAAAAGAAUACGAAGAAGAAAGUCUCAGCAUUGAAGAAUAUGAGGACAAGAUAAGGAACACGAAGGUGAAGGCUGAAGAAAUGUUUGUGCCAUCCUUCCAGCUGCCUGGAGGUUCUCAAAGUCCAACGAAUAGUGCUGCGUGGUACGACUCGGUGGGCACAUCGCUCAACGGAGAGUCAAAACGAAGAAACUUUAAACUGCCGAAGAUCCAAUUACGCAAAUUCAACGGUGAUAUGAAGGACUGGUUGAGUUGGUGGUCGCAGUUUAAGAAGAUCCACGAAGAUGACACACUGGCUGAUAGUGAUAAGUUCGACUAUUUGGUACAGGGAAUGGUCAUCGGAUCCAGAGCAAGAGAUGUGGUGGACGUUUAUCCACACACUGAAGAAAAUUAUCCCAAGGCGAUAGCGGCACUUCAAGAGCGAUUUGGACAACCAAAGUUAUUGAAACAAUUGUACGUUCGAGAAUUAUUGAAGAUGGUGAUUCAAAACGCAAAGAGCAAAGAAGACUUCCAGUUGUGCAAAAUGUAUGACAAACUGGAAUCUCAUCUUAAGGCUUUGGAGUCCCUCAAUGUGUCCCACGAACAAAUGGCAGACUUUUUAUAUCCUAUGGUGGAGUCAAGCCUUCCCGAGGACCUCCUUGUGGCGUGGCAAAGAAGUUUGUUCUACGGACAUGACGGAUCCCAGUCAAAUCCACCCCAAAGUGAAUUGGACUUCCUCCUUAAGUUUCUCAAGAAAGAAGUUGAAAACGAGGGGCAGCGAUCUUUGGCCAAGAGUGGAUUUGAAACAGAUGAAAAGAAAAAGGAAGCUGUCAAGCAGAAGAAGACAUUUUCUAGAUUUCCCAAACCAGAAUAUGAAUCAGAUUAUCCUACUGGUGCGGGGCUAUUCAGUGGUCACUCAACGUCACAAUGUGUAUUUUGUAAGAAAUCUGGCCAUCAAAGUAGCGUGUGUCAUAAGGCCGGGAAUAUGACGCUAAAUGAGAAGAAAGAAGUGGUCAAGAAGAAUAAAUUGUGCUUGUCAAACAUUGCAAGGCGAUGUGUCCGCUCCGGUCAGUCGUGGAUAAAUCAAGUGAGCUUGAGGCAUCAUCAAGUACCACUAGAACCUCCGCUGCCAAUGGCCUGCCGAGGGGAUGUUUUGUUAAAGACUCUUGUUGUGAAAGCAUGUGGCCCCAAAGCCGUCACCAGUGUUCGACUUAUCUAUGAUGAAGGGAGCCAACUCAGCAAUUGUGGAGCUGCAACCAUCAGCCUGAUUGGAAGCAAGUGUAUUGGACAUGAAUGGGGGAGAAAUGUGUUGUUUGGCGGAGGAGUGACCGAUGUGAAGAAGAUCAAUAAAUAUGCUGUUGACCUGAAGUCCUUGGAUGGCCAUGUUAAGAAGACUCUUGUACUUCGGGAAGCUGCAAAGAUUUGCGGAAGUAUUCCAAGAGUACCAGCGGGACCAUGGAUUCAAGCCUUGCGUAAAAAGAAUAUCUGGUUGAGUGACUACCAAGAUUCUUAUGUUGAUAACCCGGAGAUCGAGGUUCUCAUUGACUACUGGGGACAGCUCGUUACCGGGAAGCAAGUAAAGUUGAGAUGUGGGUUAAUCGCAGUCGAGACCAUAUUCGGAUGGACUCUUAGUGGACCUGUUCCCAAUAUCAACACAAAUGACACCGUGGCUAUGUCGUGUAUUUCUUUGUUCCACGGCGAAGCAUCCGUUCAGUGCUUGUGGAAUCUGGACUCGAUCGGAAUUAAAGAUCCGGAAGAGCACAAGUCGAAGCGAGAGAAUGAAGAAGAAACGAAACGACAUUUCUUGAGUACUGUUUCCAGAAAUAAAGAAGGGAGAUAUACUGUCACAUUACCAUGGAUAGAUGGAGCUCAGAAAAUUCCCGACAACAAGCUGGUUGCGGAGAAGAGACUAAUCGGAACAACAGCAAAAUUAAAAGCCAAUGGAAACUACAAAUUUUAUGAUCAGAUCUUUGUCGAUUGGGAAAAGGAGGGGAUCAUUGAGGCGGUAUCUGAAGAAGACAAUUCAACCUUGUGUCACUAUCUUCCACAUCGAGCAGUAAUCAAAGAAGAGAGCCUUACAAUCCCAGUGCGACCGGUUUUUGACGCUUCUUGCAAGGUUGGAAGAAAUCCCUCUCUCAAUGACUGUCUGGAGAAAGGCCCCAAUUUAUUGGAGCUGAUUCCAUCGUUACUACUACGGUUCCGAGAAAGAAAACUGGGCGUGAUAUCCGAUGUCAGGAAGGCGUUCCAGAUGAUUGAAGUGGCAGAAGCCGAUCGGGACUUCUUGAGAUUCCUGUGGUGGAAAGAAGAUGUGAUCAAACUUUUCCGCCAUAGGAGAGUGAUGUUUGGUGCAAAUUGCAGCCCCUUCCUACUUGGAGCUGUAAUUGAACUUCAUCUUGAGUCAGUAAAAGAAGAGUUACGGCCAAUAGCAACAGUUCUUUUGAAAUCUCUUUAUGUGGAUAAUUGUGUGACGUCGCUGGAUUCGAUUGAAGAAUAUGAAGAAUUCAGGACUCAUGCAACAUCAAUAAUGGCUGAUGCAAAAAUGGAGCUCCGCCAGUGGGAAAGAACGGCAGUAGAUGUUCCGGAUGCAAAGCAGCAAUUAACCCGUGUUCUCGGAUUAAAGUGGGAUAAAGUUCAAGACGAACUCUUUGUUGACAUCCCAAAAGUGGAACUUCAACUUCAAGGAAAAUUGACCAAGCGAGUCAUUCUGUCCUUGGUACAACAAAUAUUUGACCCGAUGGGAUAUUUGAGUCCGGCUACGCUAGUGCCAAAGUUGAUGCUACAGAAGACUUGGGAAAGCAAGAAAACCUGGGAUGAAGAUUUGGACGACACUUUGGACAUAAAGAGUGAAUUUGGAGAAUGGUGGAGGCAGACGUCAAUGCUAGCUGAGGUCAAGAUACCAAGAUGGGCAUUUCGUUCAGAACUGGUUAAAUCAGUACAGUUUCACGUGUUCUCAGACGCCAGUGGGGCUGCCUAUGCUGCUGCAGUCUUCGUGAGAGUUGAAGAUCAGAAAGGGGUUACCGUACAACUCCUCCAAGCCAAGGCGAGAGUUGCUCCGCUUAAAAAGAUGACCAUUCCGCGAUUGGAACUGUUGGGAUGCACAAUAGCGGCCAGACUCCACAGUUCGGUGGUGGAAGCCUUAUCCAUGGAUGGAGUAGAGACAUACUUUUGGACGGAUUCUAUGACAGCCUUAUCUUGGAUUCAAAGGAAUAAUGAGUGGGGAACCUUUGUAGGCAACAGGGUAAAGGAGAUCUGUUCGCUAACCAAAGUGGAAAAUUGUAGACACGUCCCAGGCGUUAUGAAUCCUGCAGAUCUCCCUUCCAGGGGCUGCAACCCUGCCCAACUUCUCAAGUCUCGAUGGUGGGAGGGACCAACUUGGUUACGAGGAUCAUCUGAAACCUGGCCAUCAGGACAAGCAGAGGUGAAUGAAGAUGAAGUAUUAAAAGAAAAGAAGAAAAAUAUGACAACAGUCAAACUCGUCUCGACAUCUCAAGAGGCUCCGUGGUAUUUGAGAAGAUACUCGUCUUAUUACAUGAAUGUGCGACUUGUGGCCUUGUGGACGAGAAUUGUCAAGCUCUUUGCCAAACAGAAUAGCGAAACUGGAGUGCUCAAACGGUGGGAGCUGAUCCAGGCUGAAAAGACCAUGUUUAGAUUUGUGCAAUCGGAAACCUUGCAAGCGAGAGACAGUAUGAUUGGCGGACUACGUGUUGAAAUUAAAGAUGGACUGAUUUGUGUGAAAACCAAGUUGCAAAACCGUCAGGAUUCAGUUGGCUUCAGAUAUCCGGUGUUAUUGCCGAGUUCACAUCCAUUGGUGGAGCAACUAAUUAGAGAAGAGCACAUCCUGAAUCAACAUGCAGGGGUGCAAUUUUUGAUGGGAAGAAUAAGGGAAAAGUGCUGGAUUUUACAGGGAAGACGUGCCAUCAAAAAGGUGGUGUCAACAUGUGUAACCUGUCGUCGUUUCACAACCAAGAAACCCUGUGUACCUCCCGCAUCUUUGCCAGAAGACCGUGUCAAGACAGCUCAAGCGUUUCAAAUUACGGGAGUGGAUCUGGCCGGACCUAUGAUUUUGAGAAACCAGACCAAAUGCUGGAUGGUAUUGUUCACAUGUGCUGUCUAUCGAUGUGUACAUUUGGAACUCGUCACUUCGCUUAGCACCGAAGACUUCCUGAUGGCAUUGUGGCGAUUCAUCAGCAGACGGGGGCGACCAACAAAGAUUUACAGUGACAACGGCACCAACUUUGUGGGCGCCGACAAUUUGUUCAGGAGUUUAAACUGGGAGAAGAUUGAAAAUCAGACUCAAGUGCACAGAAUCCAGUGGCAAUUCAAUCCCCCUAGUGCAGCUUGGUGGGGUGGCUGGUGGGAGCGGCUGAUUAGGAGCAUCAAAGACUUGUUGAAAAGAGUUCUCAAAAAUCGCAAGUUAACUCAGGAUCAACUUCACACUUCCCUGUGUCAAAUCGAAGCCGUGAUUAACGACCGGCCACUUACCUAUGUAACUGAGGAUCAAGAAGACCUGAUUCCUCUCACCCCUUCUAUGUUUCUACGAGAGAUUCAAGACGUAGAGUGCCCAGAAGUUGAAGAGUUGAGCGGUCAUCAACUUAGCGAAGACAAUAAAGCAAAGAAGAGUCUGAGGGAAGAGUUUCGUGUCCGUUUUCGAAAAGAAUACCUCAGUCAAUUGGUACAGCGAGGAAAACAGGAGAAAGUCCAUCCAUUCCAAGUUGGUGACUUGGUCCUCAUAGGCGACGACAACAAGAAAAGACUCAUGUGGGAUAUGGGACGAGUCAUCGAGCUGAUGGUGGGGCGUGAUGGAGAAAGUCGGGUGGCCAAAGUGAAGACCAUGCAUGGACAUCUUAUCCGACCACUGCAGCGAUUAUUCCCAUUGGAAAUCUCCAAUCCAAUCGAAGUUCCAGUGGUGACUCAAGAAGUAGAGAAAAUUACGCCUGUUACGAAGAUUCAGAAGAACGAGCAAGCCGGAGCUUUCAAGAAGUCGGUGAAAGUUAACGUGCCGAUUAAGACGUCGCGCUUUGGACGACUACUGAACGAGCCGUCCAGAUUUAGUGCUUCAAAGUGA